AGUACGGUACCGUAAAUUUGGCGAACAUACGGAAAAGCUGUGGCCUGUGCGAGUUAUUAACGAACGGUCCUUUCCAAAACCCGGGCCCAGCGCGGCCCCGAUCACGAUUGUCUGAUUUUCGCUAGAUUGCAUAUAUUGCGACGUAUUUUGGUUCAGGUGCUACCAACGAUGUUCCGUAUAGGUCUACAAUUUCUACAAAUAUGGCAGAAUCUGGAGACAGUUUGCUAAAAACCACAGACGGAGAAGUUGUAUUAACCGAAGGAGAAAGGAAUGGGAAUAGAGAGAGUAAACAUUGUGAAGACACAAGCAUGGAGGCUGAGAGUGAACAUCAAAAUAAAGAUGCAGAGGAGAGAUUGCCAGAAAAUCAAAGUGAAACAGAACAAAGUCCAGUUACCGUACAGGAAGAAAGACCUGUUGAAAGAAGAACUUCUGAAAGUGAUGAUAUGGAAGAGGAAGAAAGAGAGGAGGAAGAAACGGAACAAGAUACCGCAGAGCAGUUUGCACAAAUCAAGGAAAGGAUUCAAAAAUCAAAACUGUACUUGGAUGUAGAACCUCAUCAAUGGCCUAUAAUCUACUCACCUGAUUACAAUAUUAGCUUCCUUGGAUUUGAGAAAUUGCAUCCAUUUGACUCGGGAAAAUGGGGAAAAGUCUACAGCUUGCUCAAAAAGGAAUGCAUGUUGUGUGAUGAAACUAUAAUCUGCCCAUUAGAAGCCACUGAAGAUGAUCUUUUAGUAGCACAUACAAAGAAAUACAUUUCUCGUUUAAAGAAGGAUAUAUCAGAGGGCUUUCCUAAGUGGAGCAUUUCUGUAGCUGGUAUAACCGAAGUACCUCCAGUUGCUCUUCUUCCAAACUACAUCGUUCAAAAGAAGGUGUUACGGCCGCUCAGAUUACAAACAGGGGGAUCCAUACUAGCUGCCAAACUAGCCAUGGAGAGGGGAUGGGCUAUCAAUAUAGGUGGUGGCUUCCAUCAUUGUUCCAGUAAGCAAGGAGGGGGAUUCUGUGCUUACGCUGACAUCACCUUGGCUCUUCGCUUCCUCUUCCAUCAAGGUACCAUCCAGAAGGCCAUGAUCCUGGACCUGGAUGCGCAUCAAGGCAACGGCCACGAGAGGGACUUCAUGCAAGACAAAGAGUCGGUCUAUAUACUGGAUGUCUACAACAGGCAUAUAUACCCUCGGGAUGGAUUUGCAAAAAGAGGCAUCAGUCGAAAGGUAGAAGUGAAUUAUUUCAUCGCUGAUGAGCAGUAUAUGACAUUGGUAGCAAGUAACCUAGAAGCAGCAUUGAAUGAGUUUGAACCUGACAUACUGGUCUACAAUGCUGGUACAGAUUCCCUAGAAGGAGACCCACUUGGAGCUCUAUCUAUAUCUCCUCAGGGAAUAAUCAGACGCGAUAUGAUGGUGUUUGAAUUUGCACGCGACCGACCUAAACCCAUUCCGAUCGUCAUGGUGACAUCCGGAGGUUACCAAAGAAACAAUGCAGAUAUCAUUGCAGCUUCUAUCCUGAAUCUAUGGAGGAGAGGACUGAUAUCAUGUCCAGAAGCAGAAGAAUUUCAAGCCAAGCAAGAUGGACCCUCAACAAGUUCUAGACAAACCCCAGAGGGCGAAGAGACACCUUCCACAUCAAACUCAGAGUCUGCUCCACAAGGGAAUAGAGGGUUCUUCAGAUCAUUCCUAGGAUUCUGUAAAUAAUGUUAACUUCAAGAGUUUAAUCGUAUUUAUCAUUCAAUCAGUACUUUGUAUAUAAUGUACUUAAUAACUUAUUAACUUAUUUCAACAUAAUGUAGCUAUGGGACCCCAAUUAUUUCAAAUAUGGUCAAAUUAUAUAUCAAGUUAAGACCUGAAUGAGAGAAAGACGACAGUGAAAAUAAUAAUAUCUACAGCCAUUUUUUAGGGAUGCACCCUUGUUGCGAUCAUAUUGUACCCUACACAUCCAACGAUACUCAAAUGUAUGUGACAUUGUCUGAUGACAAUUUCCUGAUAUAAAUCAUUAGCUAUUUAGGAGUGCACUAGUGAAGAAACCAGUUUCAAGUUCCAGUUUAUCAAUGAUCCUUCAGGCUGUAUGAGGAUACAACAAUACAAUAAAUACAAUUAAGAUGACAACCUAAGGGCUGUGAAAUUACACACACACCCCUCACAAUUCCUGUUGCUCCAAUCCAUGAAUUUGCCAGUAUUGUGUAUUAAGUAAUGGCCAUAGUUAGCCUGUAGUUAUAAUGUAACGUGCACCAACAGACUAAGGCCCGUAUUCUGAAGUCGGGUUUAACUUAAACUCAGGUUUAAAAUUGUGAUUUAAGUAUGGAAAGCCAAUUGUUACAUAAAUCAUUAAAAGUAGAGAUAUUAUAUUUCAGCUCAUUUGGAUCUCAAAUCAUUCAUAUUUGUCUAGGAAGUAUAAAUAGAUGAUCAUCUCGGAAGUAUAAAUAGAUGAUCGUCUUCACCAUUGAUGAAUCAGGAUAGAGCACAGUAAAUAUAAGAAACAUACAACUUAAUACAAAAUUUUGACACUUUUGGCUUCCCAUAAUUUCAGAAUACGGACCUUAGAGUGGGGUGAGAUGAGUGGGUGGGCCCUCUAGUCCUUCAGAGCAAGCUAACAAGAGAAAGUAAUCAUGGCAGCAUGAACAGAAUUAUUGUUUGUUUAUGUUUAUUUAUUUAUUUUCUGAUUAUUAUAAAACACAAUACAUGAAUAUAUAUAAAUAACAUAGAUGGCAUCAAUAGAAAUAAACAAAAUGAAUUGCAAGUAUGUUGAAUAGAUGAUAUAAUCGAAAGGAUUGCCUGUUUCAGAGUCAUUAACAUAAUUACUCUGUUCUUCCAUGAAUCUGACAUACAAUAUAACAACAGUAAAAAGAUAAAAGUAACAAUUAAAACAAAAAAAGUUCAACAUUUUAACAUUCAAAAGCAAGAGAAAUCAACUGUAAGAGCAAGUGAAUGGCUAACAGUAACAUCAGCAAAAUUAAUUUAUCACCAGUUUGGUGAGGGCAGCCAUGUUUUUCAUGUCACUUCAUGCAGUAGAGUUAAAGAGGGAAUGCAUUGUUAUGACUUGUUAGAAUAUAAGUGUCAAGGAGAGAAGAUCUUCCUGUGUUAAAAUGGCUACAUAAUGAAAUUCCUCUCAGAACCCUAAAUACCAGUAUAAACAUGUCUUCUCUUUCAGUAUUGGAAUGUUCUUGCUGUUGACUCUAUCAUCAUUAACAUUUGGCAGAGCCGUAGUGUAUGACAUGAGUUUGUAUCGCAAGGUUGUCAGGUACUCGUUAAUGUAAAUCAAUCUUUUGUAGAUGGGAAUGUCCUUCAACUUCCUGCAAUUUGCGAUGAGCUCAUCCUUAGUUGAUGAGUUGACAAAGCAGCAGAUCACGGCCCUUAGUCUCCCCUGCAUCUGCGGAACGAAUCUUGAACUUUUUCUGCAAACUUGUUCAUUGUUGUCAAUGACAGCAUUGGUCGACACAAGUAAAUCCUUUGUUGUUAUUAAUUGACAUAGUUAAGGAAUGAUUAUCUGAUGGAAAUACCGGGAGUUAGGCUUUGCAUAGAGAUCAGGUGUCUAGGUGAGGCAAAUGUGUUUUUCAAAAUUAAAAUCAUCUUGGGAAGUAGUAAGUGUAACAAAAGGGGGGGAAUGGAUCACAGUACAGUAUGUAUAAUACAUCUACAUUCAUAAUGUUUCAUGGCGCCCUCAACACUGUCCAUGCAGUUGGUCUGUUAGUAAGAAUUUAGUCUGUUUGCUUUUUGGUAGCACUUGAUACAGAUUUGUACAACAUGCUACUUGCAUGCUGCUUCUCCACAAAGCUGACAUUGCCGCUGGGUCUUGGGCAGACCCUUUUUUUAUCCUCUUGUAUCCAUCACCAUGGCAAUCUUCCAGACAGCAUCUACAGCGUCACCUACUUUCAACCACAGGCUCCAGCAAAUCAUGGAGGUCAUGUUGUUGAACAGCAAGCGGUUCAUUGCCAAGGACUCUCUGGAUCUUCUUCAUCACUGGCGUUGUCAAACCGCGAAGAGAAUGUACCUCUAUGUGUGGCUUGGUGAUCUGUUCUCCUAAGAUCAUGCCAAACUCAAAGGAGUCAAUCUUCCUUGGGUCCUUCCCUGUGUUCAGUGCAUAGGUGGUCAUGGCAUUGAUGCGACAUGUGUCUAGGAGGUAUCUGAUGGCAACGAUAGUCCAUCUAUUAGAUUUUACCUUACACGUGAAACUCUGAGCCCGUUGAUCUACGAUAUCUGUGCCACCCUUUGUAUAGUCAUGUAAUUUGAAGAUAGCAGGCUUCUCCUUCAAAUCGUCGGUCAUCACUCAAAGGAUGCUCUUCAUCGUUGUCAUGAUGAGAACGUUCUUGGUGCCAGAAGACUUUGUAUUCACAACAUGGUUCAAACUUGUUUGUUUGUUUUUUGUAGCAAGUGAUAUACAUCCGUUUUGAAUAAAUCUCUUGAAAACCACUUUUGCUGACUGAACUGGAUAAAGCUCUUCAAAGAUGCAUAUAAACUUCUUUAAAAAACACAACUGACUAACCAAACUGAUGCCAAAUUAAGAACAGUUGUUGCACAAUAACGGUAAUGUAAGUUACAUGUAAAGUAUGUUACCAAUUAAGAAUGGAUGGUAAAAACAAAUUUCAUGGUUCAAAAUAUAUCUGAUUCACUUUAAUUAAUCUUUGUCAAGAUUAUGCAAUACUUCCUCUUUAUAGAAAAAAAGGCUGUAAAAGCACAGGCAAUGAUUCAUGUGUGCCAACCACAAAUAACCUCGUAGGGUAAAUUUCUCAACUUGUUACAACUGACACAUUUUAAACUGUUUUCACGAUCAUUUAACUGAGACAUACUGAUAUCGUUUAUAUUCCAAAAGCAACAAUUAAGUAUAACGUUAAUGCAAAAACUGGUAAAAUACGUAAUAUAUGUUUCACAUAAUGAUCAUUACACACUAUUUAAUUAAUUUUAAAACCAUACCCCAAAACACAAACACCCUAUAUUUUCCUAGAGCAAACUGCACAAUAUAAACUGGGAAGAAUAUAGACAACAAGGUGUUCCGUAAAACAACUAGGAACAUCAAAUGUGAGGUUACUCAUAGUUUUUAUGGCAAUUAGUAUGAUAAUUUACCAUGUAUAGGUGCUUUAACUUUGGAAAAAAGUGACCUUUUUAUGAAGGUUUUUUUUUUCAAUGUAGAUUAUACUUGUCAUCUUUAACAUUCAAUAUUAAUAAAUAAUUCAAAUUCUCACUUAUAACUUUAUCAUUUGGUAUCAUUCAAUAAAUCAAUCACAAUUUAUACAUAUCUGGAAUGCAGGUUCCCAUAAGAGAAAGCAAAUUGUAUAACUGCAGUAUUAUUAUAGUAAUAAUUUAUAAAAUAUGACAAGGGAUAUCAGAUAAAAUUAGAAAGAAAUGUGUCAUUGCUCAGAAAUUUGCAAUUUGAGCUAAGAUUUCAUAAUUUUACAAAGUUUCUCAUGAUUGUUUGCUGCAACUCCUGUCCUGUACCUUAAAAUACUAAAAGGCUAAGCUGGUGCAUGGCAAUAGCUGUGUGCACAGACAGUCAGAAGGUCUUGUGUGGUCCUCUCCCCGUCUCAGUGCUCCUCCCAGGCUCUGAAGACACGGUCUUGCAUUGUCCUGGUCUGUCUACUCUGAUGGCGGGUUAUAAGACGCCUGUCCACCAUGCGCACCGUUAGAUCCACGAGCUGUGACUCCUUGAAGAGCAAUGACGACAACUGGUACACGCUCAUACUCUUCCCUCCCGCUCUUCUGUUGAGUCUGUGGUUGUAACAUUUCAGCGUCGUUGUUGGUCCUGAUAGCCUUUCCAUACAUUGACCAGAUUUGCACUGGCCAGGUUGGGUUCGUUAUCCACGUUGACCCUAGGUAGUCAAAGAGCUGGAAAGAUAAAAAAAGAAAAUGAAGUAUUGUCAAUAUUAUUAAUAUAAUUGUGUAUCAUGAGUUCAAAUAUUUCUUACUUCUUAUAGUUACAAUGAUUUGCUAUGCAUGUCUUCUGGUAGCUACUAAAUCCAAUCAAACCUUUUAAAAUGUCAUGUCAUCUUUAAUUAACAAGUGAAUGCAUUUUUAUGUAAUAAAGUCAAUUGAAACUU